GAGACGCGCAUCGAGCAGCGAGAGAGGAGGAACAAGGUUGAGGAGUGUUCCCAAACUCUCAAUAUCUUCAACUCUAUCUGCUACUGCAAACGUUCUCGUUGAUCACAAACAUGUCGACGAAACUUCAGAUAUUUACGGGAUUGCCACCCGCGCCAUUUCAAUCUUCUUCAUCUUCUACUCUCUGCGUACUCAAGAAGCCUCUCACAACAUCCUUUUUCGGCACUGCAGGAGUGGAAGUUCUGAAACUUAGAGGGAUAAGGAUUGUGAAGCCUGUGGGAUCUUCUGGUUGUAGACGUGGUGGAGGUGCUGUUGGUGCUGGUAUGAACCUCUUUGACAGGUUCGCGAGAGUUGUCAAGUCAUACGCAAAUGCUAUCAUAAGUUCUUUUGAAGAUCCGGAGAAAAUAUUGGAGCAAGCUGUGCUUGAAAUGAAUGAUGAUUUGACUAAAAUGCGUCAAGCUACUGCACAAGUAUUGGCAUCGCAAAAGCGAUUGGAAAAUAAAUACAAAGCGGCAGUACAAGCUUCUGAAGAGUGGUACCGUAAAGCACAACUUGCUCUUCAGAAAGGUGAAGAAGAUCUUGCUCGUGAAGCACUUAAGAGGCGAAAAUCUUAUGCAGAUAAUGCCAGUUCUUUGAAAGCUCAACUUGAUCAACAAAAGACUGUGGUUGAGAAUCUUGUCUCUAACACACGACUUUUGGAGAGUAAGAUACAGGAGGCAAGGUCGAAGAAGGAUACUCUGAAAGCAAGAGCUCAAUCUGCAAAGACUGCAACCAAGGUGAGUGAGAUGCUGGGAAAUGUCAAUACAAGUAGUGCUCUUUCAGCUUUUGAAAAGAUGGAAGAGAAAGUGUUGGCGAUGGAGUCCCAAGCGGAAGCUCUUGGCCAGUUGACAAGUGAUGAUCUCGAAGGAAAGUUUGCAUUGCUUGAGAGCUCAUCAGUUGAUGACGACCUGGCAAGUUUGAAAAAAGAAUUAGCUGGUGGCUCAAAGAAAGGAGACCUUCCUCCAGGAAGAAGUGGCACCACUAACACCAACACUGGAAUUCCAUUUCGAGAUGCUGAGAUUGAGAUGGAACUUGAUCAAUUGAGGCAAAGGGCAAAGGAAUUUUGAAGUAUGGAAUCUUUUUUGUUUCUAAAUAUUUUAAGCUUGAACUUAGUUCUGUAUUUCUGCUAUCAACCUUGUACAGCUAAUGGCCAUUUACGAUAAUGGAUGGAAAAAUGAACUAAUGAGCUCAAUGCUGCAUGCUAAUGUAGCACAUGUUAUAUUUUUAAUACCUCAAGUGUGAUUGUAAAAUAUAAUAUGUACGAUCAGCAGUCCUUGUUUUUCUUUUUUAUGAAAAUCCAGAGUUGCUCAAAAACUCUACA